AGUCUAUCUCCAGCUUAGACAACAUGGGCUGCUUUAAAAAAGAGUUUCUAAGCUUAUUUUUACUCAUCUCAUUAAAUGAUGUGUGUUUUUCCAAUGUGAUCCAGAAGGACAUAUUGUUGGAAUCUGAAGGAGACAGUGCCACACUCCCCUGUAACCACACUAAAGGAGCAUCUUAUUAUCAAAUGUACUGGUACAGACAGAGGUCUGGAGAAAACAUGAGACAAAUUGUAUUUACAAGGACCACAACUACACCUGAUUUUGAGCCAGACUUUAGAAAUAGUAGAUUUAAAGUUACCAGGCCAAAUGCUGAAAGUGGGACACUGGCAGUGGAAAACCUGGAGUCUGGAGACAAUGGAGUGUACUUUUGUGCUGUCAGUAUGCACAGUGAGGCAAACCCAUUUAAAAGGAGAACACAAACUCAACACAAACUAAUGCAGAAUCACCUGCUGAAUUUGGCAAGUACUCAGUUUACUCUACAGUGGCUGGUGUCUAGUGCAAUCGAGUCCAGCUAUGCGUCUGUUGUAGCGAAUCAGUCUAAAUAUGCUGUCACCCAAACUCCCAAAGACAUCAUCACAGCCCCGGUUAAGGACAUACAGAUAGACUGCAGACAUUCAAACUCAGACUUCGACAUGAUCCAGUGGUACAAACAAACUAUUGGACUCACAGACCUGACCCUCAUUGCUUAUGCCAGAUUCACCAGUUUAGAUGUAGAAAACACAUUUAAAACCUUGUAUGAAGUUAGCGGGAGUUCCACUACAAAUGUCCAACAAAAUCCAACAGACAUAAUCGUUACAAAGGGACAACCAAGUGAAAUAGAAUGUUCUCACAGCAUUCAAGACUACAACCGUAUAUACUGGUACAAGCAGAACAAAGACUCAACUCAACUACAGCUUCUGGGAUACAUGAACAUGAACGAUGGAUAUCCAGAGAAAGGAAUAGAUGUGGAGAUUAAAGGGAAAGCAUUAAAGGAUGACUGUGGGUCUAAUGAGAGAGACACAGAUCUGUGCCUGGAGCUGAGGCCUGUUCAGGAGAAAAGACAAAAACAGUCAGAGUUCUGGAUCAUCCAGGCCACAGUCUGCUCUAAAGAAGACUUUGUUUUUACGAGCGAGGUCAGAAGAACGGAGAAGUUUGAAAAACUGGCAUUUGAGGCUAGAGUUCUUAUGAGGACUUUUGAUAUCAAGCUUGAGCUCUGUGCCAACUAUGAAGCAUAUUUCGGCCAAGGGACCAAACUGACUGUUCUGGAAAAAGGCAUAGACAUCACAGCACCAAAAGUUGUAGUUGUUCCCCCGUCCGACAAUGAGCAGCCCAGGAGCAGUGGGGAAACUAAAGCUAAGACAUUGGUCUGUGUGGCCAGUGACUUCUACCCUGAUCACGUGACCGUGUCCUGGCAGGUCAAUGGACAGCCCAGAAAUCAUGGCGUAUCUACUGACAGCGCCCCCCAGAGGAAAGGCACGAGUUACACCAUCAGCAGCCGCCUCAGGGUCGAUGCAACAGAGUGGACCAGCCCAGAAAACUGUUUCACCUGCAUUGUUAUGUUUUACGAUGGGAAAGAUUACAUCAAUCAACAUGAUACAGUUUGUGGCGUUGAAGGAAAAGAUGAUGGUGGCUUGACAAGAGAGAAAUACCUGAGGAUUACCCAUAAUGCCAAACUCUCAUAUGUGGUCUUCAUUGUCAAAAGUGUCGUCUAUGGGCUCUUUGUGGCUUUUCUGGCCUGGAGGAUUAAGCGUUUAAAUGGAAAACAAACCUAAGUCGAACAGAGAUUCAAGUUGACAUUUAUAGAAGAAUCAUCUCGUUAGUGCCCUUGUUCACAUGCACACCAAGAUCUGAUUCUGAUCUGAUUCAUGGAUCUAUAAGACAACAUAAAUUACAUAUAAACUGCAGAUUCUGAUGUGAGUCAUCAAAGGGACUAUGAUCAGAAAGAAAUCAGAUUAUCAUUUGAAUUACAAGUGUGCACAUAACUGCAGCUAGUGCACCAGGAUGGAUGCUUAGUGCUUAAUUUAGCAUAGAAUCAUUUGCUUGUGUAAAUACUGUUCUUGUUUAUUUCUGGCAUUUCUUAAACCUGUACAGCACUUUGCUGACUGUAUUUUCAAUGUGUUCUAUAAUAAACAUUG